AUGGCUGCCACGCGCGGCAGAGACGCCUCAGUUUCAAAUGCGAUAUGUUGCUGGCUGCAGCGAGGUGCGACACGGCAGUUCCGUCUGUGCCAGAGUGCAGGCGAGGAGAAUUGCCAGAGUGCAGGCGGGGAGAAGUGCCAGAGUGCAGGCGGGGAGAAGUGCCAGACUCUAUUCCCCAUCUCAUCUCCUUACCACUCACCGCUCAUGUCUCCUCUGUUCUUCACUCAAUUCUCCCCAUCUUACCCUCCCUCCGCCCCACCUCCUCUUCCCCCCCCCCUUCCCCCUCCCCUCUCUUUUCCCCGCUCUCAUUGCGUAUCCUUACCGCUCACACCUCAUCUCCCCAUCGCUCAAUGCCCCGCGCUCUUUCCUCGUUUCCUCCCCCCCCUUUCCCUCCCCGCUUUUGUCGCAUCUUGUUACCACUCAUCUCCACUCCGCUCUCCUCUCAUCUCCCCACCCCCCCCCUCCCUCUUCCCCGUUCACCCCUCAUUUCCUUUCUUCCCUUUUUUCUCCACCUCCCACUGCUGCAUUCCCCCCUUCACCCCGCUCUCCGCAUCUACCCCUCACUCACCCCUCAUCUUCCCUCCGCUCUCCCUGCAUCUCGCCACUUCACCCCUCACCCUUUUUUCUCUCACCCCUCAUCUCUCCCCCCCAAUGACCUGA